AUGGCAACAAAGCCCAACUUCGGCGUCUAUACGCCAUUGGUCACAUUCUUCGAGGAGGACGAGUCUCUCGAUCUGAAAAGUACCUUAGCUCAUGCGAAGCGCAUGGCUGAAGGCGGAGUUACCGGACUCGUGCUCCAGGGAAGCAAUGGAGAGGCUCCUCAUCUGGAUCAUAGCGAGCGCCAAUCUUUGGUUCGCGCUGUUCGCGAUCACCUAGACCAUCUGGCCUAUACGGAGCUGCAGUUGAUUGUCGGCUGCGGUGCGCCCAGUGUGCGGGAAACACUAUCUUACAUCUCAGAGGCUAAAGCUUCUGGUGCCGAUUUUGCCCUUGUGUUGCCACCGGCAUAUUGGGUUGCAGCCAUGAAUGCACCUGUCAUUGAAGGCUUCUUCCAAGAUGUCGCAUCUCAAUCCGAGCUUCCCAUUCUGAUUUACAACUUCCCUGGCGUGACGGGAGGCAUCGACAUCAGUUCCGACUCGAUCAUCCGCCUAGCCAAGUCAAACCCCAAUAUUAUCGGCUGCAAACUCACCUGUGGCAAUGUCGGGAAGCUCCAACGUGUCUCAUCGGCACUUUCAGGGACCUCAUUUGCCACUUUUGGUGGAAAGUCGGAUUUCUUCCUACCCGCGCUCGUCGCCGGGUCCAACGGGAUCAUUGCCGCUCUCGCGAACAUAGUACCCAAGUUGCAUGUACAGGUGCUGCGCUAUUAUGAGAAGGGUGAUCUGAAGGCGGCACAAGAGCUUCAAUCUAAACUCAGCCAUGCCGACUGGGCUCUCACCAAGGUGGGUAUUGCCGGCGUCAAAGCUAUUGUGUCCCACCAUUUCGGAUACGGUACGGGCCGUGGACGCAGGCCACUGGGGAACACAACUAUUACGAGUAUGAGUGAAGAAGCCGUGGCACCAAUAAAUGAGGUGGUUGAUUUGGAGAAGCUUUUGAGACAAGGUGCAUAA